GGUGAGAUGUGAAAGAACAUGCUGCAACAAGAGACCGAUUGCUCUCUCUCGCGGCUCUCAUGCGAUAAAUGGAAAACUUUUUGCGCUAGCGGUGGCGACUGUUGUGUGGUUGCCGUGCCCGCGCGUUUCUGGUUUCUUCCCCUCGAGGUUUCUCAGGCCAAGAGGCUUUGGAGAACGAUCUGUCACUCUCUUCGAUAAGCGCGGCUCGUCAUAUCGCACAUGUGCUCCUCGAUGCCUUGCAGACGCUGACGGAGAUGAAACCCUGACAACAUUUUCUCAUCACAACAACCGCACAGUCGACUGGAGGCGCCUCAGAGCGCGACUAGUACAGGAGGAGAAGAAACACAUGUUUCGUCCGCUCACAUUCAACGAGACGCGUGAAGAAAGUCAAGACUACAAGAUCUCUCUCGAUGACUUGCCCAAGAAUCGAUGGAGUCAUGAAAUGACAGCAUUGGAACCUGGGUGCCUGUUGUUAGCCACACCCAACGAGUUUCUUUACUUUCAGACCUACCUGCACCGCAGCGUCAUCUUCUUGGCGAAGCAUGACGAAGGGGGGAGCGCGGGAUUUGUACUGGACAAGCCAGCCAUGUAUGAGAUAGGAGCAGUGACAGACAAGCUGCCGGGGUUCGACAAGUGUCCUCUCUACCUCGGAGGAGACGUAGGCUCGGGCAUUCAAGUUUUGCACAGGGUGGAGGAACUGGGAUACUCGCACCGCAUCAUCGACGGUGUAAUGAUGGGGUUCGAUCCCUGGCACGCCAAGGAGCUGCUGGAGCAGAACAAGUGCAAGGAGGACGACUUCAAGUUCUUCUACCGCUACACCCGCUGGGUCAGAGGGCAGCUAGAGGAGGAGGUGAAGGCGGGAAAAUGGUUCAUCGCAGCCGGCAGCUCAGACCUCAUCUUCCGAAAGUCUUCGAAGGAGGGGGCACCUUUGUGGAAGGAGGUGUUGGAGCUGAUGGGAGGGAGGUACUCCCUCAUCUGCAAAGCUGCUUACAACGAGCUGUAA